AUGAAUAGAUUCUUAUCUAGUUCAAAACCUUUAAUGAAUGCAACUGUUCCAAAACCAAAACCAUCAAAGGGUAUUUUUCGUACUAUUUGGGGUUAUACUAAAUUAAUUGUCUUUUUAUCAGUAGCUGGUUCUUUAGGGGUUAUUUCUUAUAAAGUUUAUAAGGAAUCUCGUCCUGCUGAUCAAUUACCUCAAGUUUCUGCUUUUGAAACUGGUCAAAAGAAGAAAACUUUAGUUAUCUUAGGUUCAGGUUGGGGUUCAAUUUCUUUAUUAAAGAAUCUUGAUACUACCUUAUAUAAUGUUGUUGUUGUAUCUCCAAGAAAUUAUUUCCUUUUCACUCCUUUAUUACCAUCUUGUCCAACUGGUACUGUUGAAUUAAGAUCUAUUGUUGAACCAGUUAGAUCAAUCACUAGAAGAUUACCUGCUGAAGUCAUCUAUUUAGAAGCUGAAGCUACUACCAUUGAUCCAGUUAAGAAUGUCGUUACUAUUAAACAAUCAACCACUGUUCAUUCUGGUCAUUCCGGUAAAGAUACUUCCUCAUCUAAAUCUACCGUGGCUGAAUAUACUGGGGUUGAUGAAAUUACUACUCAAUUACAUUAUGAUUAUUUAGUAGUUGGUGUUGGUGCUCAACCUUCAACUUUUGGUAUUCCAGGUGUGGCUGAACAUUCCACUUUCCUUAAAGAAGUUAAUGAUUCUGUUACUAUUAGAAGAAGAUUAAUGGAUGUUAUUGAAGCUGCUAAUAUUUUACCAAAGGAUGAUCCAGAAAGAAAAAGAUUAUUAUCUAUAGUUGUUUGUGGUGGUGGUCCAACUGGGGUUGAAGUUGCUGGUGAAUUACAAGAUUAUAUUGAUCAAGAUUUACAUAAAUGGAUGCCUGAAGUUGCUGGGGAAUUAAGUGUUACUUUAGUUGAAGCUUUACCAAAUGUUUUAAAUAUGUUCAAUACUAAAUUAGUAGAAUAUACUAAACAAGUAUUUGCUGAUACUAAUAUUCGUUUAAGAACUAAUACUAUGGUUAAACAAGUUAAUGAUAAAGUUGUGAUUGCAAGUCAUAAAAAAGAUGAUGGAUCUAAUGAAAAUGUUGAAAUUCCUUAUGGUGUCUUAAUUUGGGCCACUGGUAAUGCUCCAAGAGAUAUUACUCGUGAUUUAAUUAGUAAAGUUGAUGAACAAAAAAAUGCUAGAAGAGGAUUAUUAGUUGAUGAUCGUUUAUUAUUAGAUGGUUCAAAAAAUAUUUUUGCUUUAGGUGAUUGUACAUUUACCAAAUAUGCUCCAACUGCUCAAGUUGCAUUCCAAGAAGGGAUUUUCUUAGCUGAACAUUUUUCCAAGUUAUCUGAAAUUGAAAGUGUUAAACAUACUCUUUCAAAUCCAUCAUCAGAAGAUAAUGUUGAUAGAUUAACUAAAAAAUUAGCUAAAUUAGAAGAAAAAUUACCUAUUUUCCAUUAUAAUCAUCAAGGUUCUUUAGCUUAUAUUGGUUCUGAAAGAGCUGUUGCAGAUUUAGUGUGGGGAGAUUGGUCAAAUGUUACUUCAGGAGGUAGAUUUACUUACUUAUUCUGGAGAUCAGCAUAUAUCUACAUGUGUCUUUCUGUAAGAAAUCAAAUCUUAGUUUGUUUCGAUUGGGUCAAAGUUUCUUUAUUCGGAAGAGAUUGUUCAAAAGAAUAG